UUUAUUCCAGCGUCAAUGCACGGAGUCGCCGGCUUAGCAAGUACUCUGAUGCCAUCGGUCAUGCAGUACAAAGGAAGAAAAUUCACAUUCAUCGGCAGUUCUCUACUAUUAGCCAUUGGAUGGUUCCUAGCAUUCAUAGCAAUGGACAUCUACACUAUAAUAGUAUCGUCUGUUGUUCUCGGGUUAAGUUCAAAUUGUGCAGCUAUCAUCAACCUAGUAACAGUCAGUGAAAUGCUGUCUCCAAGAUACAGAUCAUUAUGUCUAACAUUGCUAAGUGUUCAUCAAACUAUUGGGAUGGUCUUAGUAUCAAUUUUAGGAGUAUGUUUAAACUGGAGAACAGUUGGGUUAAUCUUAUGUGGUGGGUCUCUAUUAGCAACAUUGCUACCAAUGGUAUGGCCAGAAUCACCAUCAUGGUUAGCUUAUAAAGGCAAAUUUGAACAAUGUGAGCAAGCAUUUGUUUGGUUAAGAGGUACUGAUGAGGUUGAUAUGAAAGAAUUGCAAGCAUUGAUCGCCGCUCAGAAAGUUCCGAAACCAAAUCACAAUAGAAGCAGUUUUCAACGAAUUUGUCGGCUUAUAAAAAGGAAAGAUUUAUAUCUGCCUUCUAUAUUCAUGUUCUUAGUCCUAUUCAAUUUUUAUUCCGGUGGUGGAGUAUCAAUUUACAUGUAUAGUAAAACCAUUAUCGAGAUAAGUACUGGUGAUUCUAAACUUGCCGUUGUUGGCUAUCUAAUAGCCGUUUGCACUUUAUUACUAGGCUGUGGCAUCUCUCUGGUCAUGAUAAGAUUUUUCGACACCAAAACUGUUUUAACAAGAUCUGCUUUUGGGUCUCAUUUUUUCUUACUUAUAUGCUGUUUGGUUUCGUAUUUGGAAAGUAUAGGUUUAGUUCCAAAAGAUUCAUAUCUAUUCUUGUACUUUUUGCUAGCUUUCAAAAUAACUUGUAAUUCUGGAUUCAAUUCUUUAUCUUUCGCCUUAGCUAUGGAGUUGAUGCCUGUAAAACAUAGGGGCGUUGGCGGAGCCUUGUUUAAUAUAUAUACUUCUCUGUUAUACGUUGCUACAGUAAAACCAUUUCCAUUUGUAAUUACAAAUUUAGGUAUAACUUAUACUUUCUUAAUAUUUGCCUUUACUUCAUUUAUAUGUACGAUUUUAAUUGUAAUCUAUGUACCGGAGACGAAAAAUAGAACUUUGCAGGAGAUAGAGGAUUAUUAUAAUUAUGGUCACUUUGUUAGUAGGAAUUUAAGUGAUGCUGAGGUAGAGUUGCCUAUAAUAAGUGAGAAAAAUAAUAAUUGA